CCUCUUGCAGGCUGCUGUUGGUUGACCGAAGCAACGCCAGCUAGCUAGCCCAGUCACCCUUUAACACCCCCCAUUAACAACCAGCCUUUGACAUAGAAAAGGUGGCGUAGGCUAUGUAAUUUGGAUGGAUACGUUGUGUGUAGUUACUGGCUAAUUAAUAACACAUCUGGGAGAACCUUAAAGCUGCCUCUCCCGGUGUCUCGUACUCUGACUAAUCUCGUCGAGAUGUCAGCUUUCUCCGAGGCGGCUCUAGAAAAGAAACUAUCCGAGCUUAGUAACUCUCAGCAAAGUGUGCAGACGUUGUCUCUCUGGCUCAUUCAUCAUAGAAAACACUCGAAGAGUAUUGUCAAUGUUUGGUUCAACGAAUUGAGAAAAGCUCAGGUGUCACGGAAGCUGACCUUCCUUUAUUUGGCCAAUGACGUCAUUCAGAACAGCAAGAGGAAAGGACCAGAGUUCACCCAGGACUUUGCACCGAUCAUCGUUGAUGCAUUCAAACAUGUGUACAGAGAGGGCGAGGAGGGCUGUAAGAAACAGUUGGGUCGGGUUUUGUCCAUCUGGCAGGAGAGAACCGUGUACGAGAACAACCUGUUGGACCAGCUCUCACAAGUCCUGUAUGGAGAAAAAAAGGCUAAGAAGAGGUCAUACGAGGAUACCCAACCAGAGGAUGAGGACUUUGCCUCUCAGAGCUCCCCAGCUGAACCCCCACAGACAGCAGAGUUAAUCCGAGCUCUACAAGAGCUUGAGAAUGCAGCCUCUGGCGAUUCAGUGCUGCGUCAGCGCAUCUCCUCCCUUCCUGCUGAGGUACAGGACACGUCACUGCUUCACAGGAUCACAGAUAAGGAGUCAGGGGAGCGGCUUUCCCGGCUGGUGGAGGAGGCCUGCAUGCUGCUUGCAGACUACAGUGGCCGCUUGGCGGCAGAGAUAGAUGAUAGGAGGCAGCUCACACGCACACUAACGGUCUUCCUGCAAAGCCAGAAGGAUGGCUUGGCCCAGAACGAGCAGAAACUUGAAGAGUACAAACACAAACUGGCGAAGGUGACCCAGGUCCGGAAGGAGCUGCGUUCCCGUUUGAACAAUCUUCCAGGAGGACGCUACAACUCAUCAAACUGACGUUUCGCCAUCUGACCAGAUACCCAACCUUCCUGCUACAGAAACAUCUCAACCUGUCUGUUAGAUAUUAGCCAUAGUACUUUUGUUCUUGAUUUUGCAAAGUGUCAGUGUCUCCCUGUAUGGCGUCCUGAAGUUCUCAUUCUGUCUUCAGCAGUUUAUUUAUCCACCUGGCUUUUAUUAACAGCAAUAUCAGCAGUAAACUGUAAAUUAAGAUUUAUACUCAUCAGACACAGGCCCUCCAUGCUUUGGGGCCUGUCCAUCUAACUUUCAUAGCUUUAAAGUGACAUGGAUGAUGCUGGUGUGAUAUUUUUGUAUUUAUACUGAUUUAAGAUAAUGCACCAGAGUAUAUCCCCUUACUGUGACAUUUCAUAAUAAUUUUCAGUAUUUUGAAUUGCUGUCACACCUUUCUUUUACCCUUUCUGUAAAUGCAUCUGUUCUGGUUUUGGUUAGAUAAUCGCAGCAGGUAUUGAAGCUGGAAUUGUCUGUUUUUCUGCAGUGUGAUAAUGGCCUUUGAAGAGAAUGAUAUACUAGUGAAAUCAUUAGGAAACCAGAUUCUGAAGUUGAGAAGUGAACUAUGUUCGUGAAAGCAAACCAACAUAUGUAAUUACAGUUUACAUAAAGCCCCCUGAAGAGAGGGAAGUGUGGAUCAUUGGUCAGUGUACAUAUUCAAAAUUGCAUGUAAAUAUGAUGGAGUUAUACCUGUAAGUCCUUAUUUGUAUCCAUGUCAACAUGGCUUAUGAAAAGAAAUUACUGAGGUAUCAGUAGACUGAUAUCUUUGUAGUUGCUCAGACCUUCAAUGUACUGAAAAUAAUUUGUAAAGGAGUCCGUUGUGAUCUUGUUUACUGGAUCAUACUGCUUCAUAAUUUUAUCCCAGUUUACUGAAUGCUGUGCAGAUGCCUUACACAGCUUGAGAAGUGCCCCAGUUUCCAAAAACAGCUGCUUGUUUUUUUGUACAUAGGAUGCAAAUUCUUCUUAGAACCAA